UGGCUAUAUUGGGGCGCAAUAGUAGUGGUGAUGGUUAGGUUGUGUGGUGGUUAGGGAUGUGUGAUAGCGUCAGAUUUUAUGGGCAAUGCGUGGAAAUGGUUGUGUGUUUGUGAAAGUAGUGGAGGAACAACAACAACACCAACACCAACAUCAACGGCAUCGACAUCAACAACAACAACAACAACCACAACAAUCACAACAAUUACUACUACUACUAUUAAUAAUAAUAAUAAUAAUAAUACAGAGCCGACGAUAGCCUUGUUGUUGAUGAUGGCCGCCAGCAGCGGCUCUACUACUACCGCCACGGGAUCAUCAUCGUCGUCGUCAUCGGCAGCGGCCACUGUUGUUGGCCAUAGUCGACCAAAUUUCGGUUCGGCCAGGACUAUUGAAAAUCCUAGCCCUACUACGGAACAGUGUGUUGUUGGUGGUGGUGGUGUAGGUAGUGGUGGUGCUGGUGGUGGUGGUGGCGGUGGUGGUGGUGGUAGUGUUACCGAAUAUGACCAAUUUGGUCAUGGACAUUAUUUUACUAAAAAAACCUUCCACAAACCUACAUACUGUCACCAUUGCACCGAUAUGUUGUGGGGCCUGAUCGGACAGGGAUAUAUCUGUGAAGUUUGCAAUUUCGUGGUCCACGAUAGAUGUAUCAAAACAGUAGUAUCACCCUGUUCAACAGUUGCCUCCAAUGUCAUCAAGAAUCCGGUACCUCAUUGUUGGUCAGAUUGCGGUCAUUUGAAGCGAAAGUUUUGCAAUCUGUGCCGCAAACGUAUUGAAGACCAGUCGGCGGUCAGGUGCGAGAUAUGCGAAUACUGUGUUCAUCUGGACUGCCAUGACUUUUCGGUAGCCGACUGUAAGGAAUGUGCCACAUAUGUUCCCGACCAGGAUCUGGUACAAGUAGUGCAAAGACAUCAUUGGAGGGAAGGCAACCUUCCGGCCAACUCUAAGUGUCAUUACUGUAAGAAAACUUGCUGGUCGACCGAGUGUCUGGCCGGCAUGCGAUGCGAAUGGUGCGGCUCAACGGCGCACGCCAUUUGCUACAGAAAUCUAACGACUGAAUGCAACUUUGGUUGGUUGCAGUCAAUAAUGUUACCGCCGUUUUGCGUAAGCAUUCCCCGAACUGAUGUUCCUUUAGAGACCAUUAUUGGGGUCACCAAUAGGAAAAGGGAUACCAAUUCAUCUCGGAGCGCAUCCGAAGAAUACUCGUCCGGUUCGGACCAGAGGAACAAAGAGGCCGACGAUUAUCCGUCGCCAAAGGACAAGGACAAGGAUGAAGAAACAAUCAAAGUCUACGACGGAAACGGAUCGAUGAAACGGAAAACUUUUAGGACAAUCACUAUAUCCAGAAGCGCCACAAAAGACCAGAUAAUUGCCGCCUGUCUUCGAGCAUUCCAUAUACACGACGAUCCCCGCCAUUAUAUUAUUACCGAAGCUUAUGAUGCCAAUGAGAAAGAGCUCUCUGAAUUUAUGCCCGUCCAGAGUCUCAUUAGAGUGGAAGGCAAACGGUGCGGCCUAUUCUUUAGGUACCGGCCUCCCAAUCCCGACGAGGGCACCAUUCGGGUAUAUCCGGGAAAGUUAAAUGUCACCGAUACCUAUCGAUUGGUAACUGUGACAAUAGAUACCAGUGUCGAGGAGGUAAUGAUUGCCGCAUUGGAUCAGUUUGGAUUAGACUCUAGUGAUCUGAAUAGAUAUCGAUUGGUUGAGGUUUCAUUGGAAAAAGGAUCGGUUCACGAGAGGACAAUGGAUAAUAAUGAGAGUCCCUGGGCUAUCAUCAAAGGAUUAGCACGGGAAUCAAUUCGACAAAAAGAAAAUACCCGCUUCUAUUUGCAACAAGUCGAUGAAGUUUACUGCUCUAAUGUAGCCAUUUUUGUAGGAAAUUUACCCACGAAUCUUUCUCAACGACAAUAUGAAAGAAUUUUAGUCGAUUUAUUAGGAAAACCGUACAAAUAUCGGCAAAUCGGUCCAAUAUAUUAUGAAUACGGGUCGCUGAUAGUGACCUACGAUAAUGCAGACAUUGCCGUCAAAGCCUAUUAUAUGCUCCGGGAGUCGAGUUAUGACGACAAGAAUCUCCUGGUUCUUCUGUUGCCAAAUAUUAUGGCUCAUAUGAUUCCUCCAGGCGUUAGGCCAUUAUUAGUGUUUGUAAACGUCAAAAGUGGUGGCUGUCAGGGUCUCGAACUUAUCUCAUCAUUCCGUAAACUAUUGAAUCCUUAUCAGGUCUAUGACCUAGAAAAUGGUGGACCACUUCCAGGUUUAUAUGUUUGUCGACAUAUAAAAGACUAUAAAAUACUUGUUUGUGGCGGAGACGGAACAGUUGGUUGGGUCCUACAAUGUCUGGACAAUGUUGGCCAGGACUCGGAGUGCCAGUCGCCUCCCUGUGCCAUUGUUCCAUUGGGCACCGGCAACGAUCUGGCCCGGGUACUACGUUGGGGACCCGGCUAUACUGGCCAAGAGGAUCCGAUAACAGUGCUCAAAGAUAUCAUCGACGCCGACGAAAUUAUACUCGACCGGUGGACAGUCGUGUUUCAUUCGGACGAAGCAACUAAACAGACAGAAGAGAAGCCAGGUUUGCCGGCCAACAGUUCCGGUUCGACAUCCGAAGACAAUACGGCCAUCUUUGUUAUGAACAACUACUUCGGACUGGGAAUAGAUGCCGAUCUAUGCCUUAGCUUUCAUAAUGCGCGCGAAGAAAAUCCCGAUAAGUUUAAUAGCAGAUUGCAUAACAAAGGCGUUUACGUUAAGACGGCGCUGAAGAAGAUGGUCAGCCGGAAGAUGUGGAAAGACUUGCAUAAAGAGAUCCGAUUGGAAGUCGACGGCAAAUAUGUUCAGUUACCGCCUGUUGAGGGCAUUAUUAUAUUAAAUAUAUUAAGUUGGGGUUCCGGUGCCAAUCCGUGGGGCGUCGAAAAGGACGACCAAUUUUCACGGCCCAACCAUUACGACGGUAUGCUCGAAGUGGUCGGCGUCAAUGGUGUUGUCCAUAUGGGCCAAAUACAAAGCGGCAUCAGGACGGCCAUCCGGAUUGCACAGGGAGGUCAUAUCAGAAUCAGAUUGAACACCGAUAUGCCGGUGCAAGUGGACGGCGAGCCAUGGAUCCAGACUCCCGGCGAAGUUGUCAUUUUGAAAUCAGCACUUAAAGCAACAAUGCUCAGGAAGUCUAAAAUGAAAAGACGAAACACUGAGCCAUCGCUGACAUCAUCGGAAAAAUCAAAGUCAGAGAUAAUACAAACAGAUAAGACAUCUAUAACUGAAAAGUCUGACGAAUGA